AUGUUACUUGUAAUUGACAUAACAAAAGGUAUCCAAACGCAAACAGCUGAAUGUUUAGUUAUUGGUGAAAUAACUUGUGAUAAAAUGUUAGUUGUAUUAAAUAAAAUCGAUCUUAUUGAAGAAAAUCAACGACAAUCAACAAUAGAGAAGAUGACAAAACGAUUACGUAAAACAUUUGAAUUAACAAAAUUUCCACAAGCACCUAUUAUUCCUUGUUCAGCAUCAUCAUCAUUGAAUUUAAAUGAACUUAUAUCAACACUUCAACAACAUGUUUAUAUUCCUCAACGAUCUCCAAAUGGUCCAUUUAUAUUUUCUGUUGAUCAUUGCUUUUCAAUUCGUGGUCAAGGAACCGUGAUGACUGGUACGAUUCUAUCAGGUUCAGUACGAAUUAAUGAUCCAAUCGAAAUAGCAGCACUUAAGGAAAUUCGUAAAGUUAAAUCCAUGCAAAUGUUUCAUAAACCAAUUGAUAGAGCUAUUCAAGGUGAUCGUAUUGGUAUUUGUGUUACACAAUUCGAUCCAGAUAAACUUGAACGAGGAUUAGUUUCUACUCCGGGUAUAAUAAAAAUCUUUCAUGGUUUCAUUGUUCAAAUAAACAAAGUUAAACAUUUUAAAAAUGAAAUUGAAAGUCGAACAAAAUUUCAUAUAACUUGUGGUCAUUCAACUGUUAUGGGUAAAAUUGUAUUAUUUAUUGAUCACUCAGUAAAUAAUAAUAAUGAUCAAUUCAGUUACGAAAAAGAAUAUGAAGCUAUUGACCAAUAUCCAACUGAAGAUUCUUUAACAAAUAAACAAAUAUUUGCUUUGAUUGAACUCGAAUCACCAAUAACUUGCCAAUUACAAUCAAUAUUGAUAGGUUCUCGUUUAGAUACAGAUAUCCAUGUAAAUACAUGUCGUCUUGCUUUUUAUGGUCAUGUACUUGAUGGUUUUAUGGAUAGUGAUUAUUUAAAUAAAGACUUACCAAAUAAACUUCAUAUUUAUAAACGAAAAGAAAAAAUUGGUUUUAUUGAUCGUUUGGUUGAUGAUCAAACAAUUAUUGGCAAAGAUUUAUUUCAAAAAGAAACAAAUAUAAAUAUAUUUGUUAAUUUUAAAGUUGAACUUAAUCCAACAGGUGAACAAGGUUUCAUUGAGUCAUCAUUUGGACAAAGUGGAAAAUUUAAAGUACGAUUUAUGAAUGGCCUAUCGGAUGAAAUGAAACAAUUAUUAAAUAAUACAAAAGGUCGAAAACAACAAGGCAAAACAACAACAACAGCAAAUUAUGAUGCCGAUGGAGAAUCUACUGAAUCUCAUCAACGUAUUCGUAUUAUUCUUAAAUUUAAAAAAUAUCUUUUUCAAGAAAAAACAAUUAUAUCACAAUAG